AUGUUCAUGGUCAACCCCAUCGGGUCCCUAGGACUCAAAACCGGAAAACCAGCCCUCGACAGCUGGAAGCUGAAAGUGCCUACCGACAUCAUCGAGUCGGAGGUCCACGAACUCAAAGGACUCAUCCACGAUGUGAUGAAAACAACCGUUCGGCAAGACAUUCAGGACAUCUUGCGCGAUGAAUUAAAGGACAUGAUUCGCAGUAGUCUCGCAGACAUGAUGCAGGAGAUACAGGCUAUUGUCCACGACACCCAGGCGCACGUCCAGAUGAUCGAGGCGAACGCUCAGGACAUGCAGGCCGACGUUCACAUGGCCAAGGCACACACUCAGGAUAUGCAGAUCAACAUCCAAGACAUCCAGGCCAACGUCCAGGACAUGCAGACCAACGUCCAGGACAUCCAGGCCGACGUUCACAUGGCCAAGGAACACACUCAGAGCCUGCAGACCGACGCUCAGCAGCUCAAGGCAUAUGUUCAUGGUAUGCAGAGCAACGUCCAGGACAUUCAUACCGACGUUCAAAUGACCAACGCACACACUCAGAACCUGCAGAGCGACACUCAGAAGCUCAAGGAACAGAUGCAGGGCUUCCAGGCCAACCUUCGGGAGACGCAGGCAGAGCUGCAGAAGAUGAAGGCACAGGCAGACAUUCAGAAGAUGAAGGCACAUGAACAGGCGCAGGACAUGCAGGCCGAGAUAGAAAAGAUGCAGACACAGGCGGAAAUCCAGCAGAUGAAGGCACAGGAACACGCCCAGGAUAUGCAGGUGGACAUUCAGAAGAUGAAGGUGCAGGCGGACAUUCAGAAGAUUUUGGCACAGAAACAGGUUCAGGACAUGCAGACAGUCGUCUCUGGAUUGCAGGAAGUCGUCUUUGAUGUUCAGACCAACGUCCAGGAUAUGCAGGCCGAUAUUCAGAAGAUAAAGGCACAGGAACACGCCCAGGAUAUGCAGGUGGAGAUUCAGAAGAUGAAGGUGCAGGCGGAAACUCAGAAGAUGAAGGCACACGAACAGGUUCAGGACAUGCAGGCAGUUGUCUUUGGGUUGCAGGAAGUCGUCUUUGAUAUUCAGACCAACGUCCAGGACAUGCAGGCCGAUAUUCAGAAGAUGAAGGCACAGGAACAGGCUCAGGACAUGCAGGUGGACAUUCAGGACAUGCAGGCGGACAUUCAGGAAAUGCAGGCCGACAUUCAGAAGAUGAAGGUAGACGAACAGGCUCAGGACAUGCAGGCGGAAAUCCAGGACACGAAGAUCAACGUCCAGAAGAUGAGGGCACCGGUACAGGCUCAGGACAUGCAGGCGGACAUGCAGACAGGCUAUGCCUCAGAAGGCAGCUCGAGCCUGAUACACCACGAUUGCGAAACUGAGUGGACGGCGUACUUAUGGCGACAAGUAUCGCAAGCUAAGAAUUCGAAUACUCAAAAGUCACUCACCGAUUCAUCGUAUGACGAAUGGGCCGAGAAAAUUAAGCAGCUUGACGAAAUGAGUGAGAUAAGCUCGCUACCAUCCUUCCACGAAAACUGGCAUGAUGAGGAGGAUGUGUGGUGGCGCGAGAUCUGCCAGAGAGAAUGGAAUCGUUUUAAUUACGAUACCGAGCAUCUGGAGCCUCCGGAGUGCCGUCGAGACUUUGUCGAUAGACGACUCAAGUAG